CAGAACAUCUAAUAGUGGAAUAUCAUAGUAUUAAGUGAGUUAUUCCAGAAGAGACAUUGUCUUUGGUGCUACAUGGAUCAUAUUGACAAGGUACUUACUACAAAUACUACCAACCGAAAGGUCUGACUCCAUGCCAAUUUAUUUAGAGUUUAUCACCACCACCAGUGAGUAAGUUUCUGGAGAAUAGGAACCCUUUCCUUGUUCAUCAUUGCAGACUUCUGUGCCAAAAACUGACACAAUUCAAAUAAGUCUUUACUAAAUGUAGGACUUGACUAUUGGCCUUUGAUUACGUUCUCCACAGAGGAGACUAUCCACUAAGACUUUGAGAUAGAAUCGUUUACUUGUAAUCCCAGCAAAAUCAUCUGAGGAGAAGUAGAAUUGUCAAAGGAAGAUGUAAUGGGCUCUUUGGUAGAAGACCUCAAUAGAUAUUUACUAAAUGUUUAUUGUAUGUAAACCACUGCGGAAGACAUAAUGAUGAAGAUGUGUCUGUAACAUAAUAGAUGUAUUCAUAGUCAUGUUCACAAUUUCAUUUCAGGUCCUGUUCUGAGCUCUCAUCCUUGAAACAGGCCUUAUAGAAGAGUAAAUGGGACAUAGUAACAAUGUAACAGAAUUUGUCCUCCUGGGCCUCACUCGGGAUCCUGAGGGGCAAAAAGCAUUGUUUGUCAUGUUUUUACUCAUCUACAUUGUGACAAUGGUGGGCAACCUGCUCAUUGUGGUGACUGUUUUUGCCAGCCCCUCUCUGGCUUCCCCAAUGUACUACUUCCUUGUCUAUCUAUCACUCAUGGAUGCGGUUUAUUCUACUGUUAUUUCACCCAAAUUGAUUAUGGACUUACUUUGUGAUAAAAAGACAAUUUCCUUCCCUGCUUGCAUGGGACAGUUAUUUCUAGAACACUUAUUUGGAGGUACUGAGGUCUUCAUUCUGGUGGCAAUGGCCUAUGAUCGCUAUGUGGCCAUCUGUAAGCCACUGCACUACUUGACCAUCAUGAAUCAACAGGUUUGCAUCCUGCUGGUAGUGGUGGCCUGGGUUGGAGGUUUUGUCCACUCUAUGAUUCAACUUCUCUUUGUGUACAACCUCCCAUUUUGUGGACCCAAUGUCAUUGAUCACUUCAUGUGUGACAUGUAUCCAUUAUUGGAACUUGCCUGCACUGACACUUACGUUGUAGGCCUCACUGUGGUUGCCAAUGGUGGAGCAAUUUGUAUGGUCAUCUUUAUCUUUCUACUAAUCUCCUGUGGAGUCAUUCUGAAUUCCCUUAAAGCUCACAGUCAGGAAAGGAGGCGCAAAGCCCUGUCUACCUGCAGUUCCCACAUCACAGUGGUUGUCCUCUUUUUUGUUCCCUGUAUUUUCAUGUAUGUUAGACCUGUUUCCAACUUUCCCAUUGAUAAAUCCAUAACUGUGGUUUGUACAGUUAUCACUCCCAUGUUGAAUCCUUUAAUAUACACCCUGAGAAAUUCAGAGAUGAAAAAUGCCAUGGAAAAACUCUGGUUUACAAUGUUAACCUUAGGUAGAAUAAAAGUGUGUCACCCACACUGAACACAUUUGUUACUA